GUGCCAUUCAUUUGUAGCGCAGCCGCUUAUACAGUGCACCGGUGCAUAGGUGUGGUAACAGCCCCGACAGUCGGUCACUCAUCCCGGGAAGAGGGCAGAAAUAACUGGAAGUGUGGAGUCAAACCAUCCGGCGCGCCCACACACCCAGACGGGAUUCAUAAGGAAGACGUAGACGCGCAGGGACUGCAGCACACCCUCAACACUUGGACCUGACAGUUCAUCUAUAUUAAUCCGCAAACUACACCUGCAGCCUGACAUGGAGCGCAAAAUCCCCAACUUUGCCGGCACCUGGGAGAUGAGGAGUUCUGAGAACUUCGAGGAACUCUUGAAAAAGUUGGGUGUGAACAUGAUGCUGCGUAUGAUUGCGGUAAAGGCAGCCUCCAAGCCUCUGGUGGAAAUCACGCAGGACGGAGAGACGCUGUCCAUUAAAACCUCAACCACAGUCCGCACCACCCACAUCACCUUCACUGUGGGGCAGGAGUUCAACGAGACCACAGUGGAUGGGCGUCCCUGCACGAGUUUCCCAUGCUGGGAAACUGACAGUAAGAUCAGAUGUGAGCAGACUCUGCAGAAAGGAGAAGGGCCUAAGACGUCCUGGACCCGAGAGAUAACCAACGAUGGCAAACUGAUCCUGACCAUGAAAGCAGAUGAUGUGGUAUGCACCAGAGUCUACGAGCGACAAUGAACAAGAGCACUUCUCACUUUUCGUCCUUCCAGUCUCCCCCCUCCUCUCCUGCAUCACCACGUGCAUCACUAAUCCUCCUUUGAUAAGGCAGCGCUGGGAGAUAGCAGUUUAUAGUUUUAUUCCAGUAUCUCCGUUAGCUUCACUAUGUAAUAAGUGUGGUAACUGUAUCUAGUAUGUCACAUAUCUACAUGAUGGUCUUAGCUCCUGAGUUAUCUGCCUGUCUCUCCAGCUCCAUCAAACGUGACCAGCUGGGCUUUAAACAUGAAAGUGUGUGUUGGAUUUGUUGAGUGACAGCUCAUUUAUUUGGCAUUGUAUGUAAGUGUGUGUGUGUGUGUGGCAGCAGAAGUGGUGUGAGACUAUAUUUGUGAAUGUGUAAAUCAAUCUUUGAGCUCUUCCAGUUUCAGGUCAGUUAUGAUGUGUUUCUUUAGCCCUGCCCCACAACUUUAAUCUUUUCUAUCUCAUGACGACAUUUUAUAUUUAUUACUACACUAGGAGUCUGAUACAGUACUGCUUAAGUUUUUACUUUGUGUCUCUUUUAUAUGAAAUUUGAUCAUAGGAAACAACACUUUCUAUUGGAAAACAAUAAAGCACGAUGUUAACUCA